UGUCCGUCCCGGCAUGCUAGGCUGCGCUGCCUGGUGGUUACGUUGUGUCUUUUCCCCAGUGGGUUGGAAGUAGUUACCUUUGUAGCCAAAAAGGAGGAAGGAAGGAAUCGACACACACACACACACACACACACAGACGCAACCAAAAGGAGGAAGUUCAUUGAGACACUGAGAUUGCUCCUGGUUGCCCGGGCUCGCCUCUGAAGUGUGGCUGCGGUGCUGGUGCUGCAGUUGUUGGUUUGUUGUUGUUGUUGCUGCUGCUUCUUUGGCGCCUCCACUUCGCCAGCAACACCCCAUCCCCGGGAGGGGGCUCCGGGCUCCUGGCAGCGACUUUUUUGGGGGAAGGCAGCGCGGGAGCGGACGCUGGCGGUUUGAUUGACAGGCAAUGGCUACAAAUUGCUGUCUGGAGUGAGCUGAAGAUGCAACCAUCUGACUAACAGGUUUCCGAGCAGCCCCUGGAGGCCCAAAGCGCCUGGAAUUAACCAGACGGCAGCAUAACAUGAACUGAGAAAGAAGCAACCCGGAUUUUUGUUCGGUUUUUUUGGUUUUGGUUUUAAAAACUUUUACAUAACAAAAAAUUCUUUCAUGAAAACGUUUUAAACCAGGGUUAUUUUUCCCCUCCCCCGAACAAGAAAGUCGUCCCCAUACGGUGAGGAUUUCCGGAGAAGAUGGGGAGGAAAAAGAUCCAGAUCCAGCGGAUCACGGAUGAGCGAAAUCGACAGGUGACCUUCACCAAGCGGAAGUUCGGUUUGAUGAAGAAAGCCUACGAGCUGAGCGUCCUGUGCGACUGUGAGAUCGCCCUGAUCAUCUUCAACCACUCAAACAAGCUGUUCCAGUACGCCAGCACGGACAUGGACAAGGUGCUGCUCAAGUACACCGAGUACAACGAGCCGCACGAGAGCCGGACCAACGCAGACAUCAUCGAGACAUUAAGAAAGAAAGGUUUUAACGGUUGCGACAGCCCGGAACCCGACGGGGACGACUCCAUUGACCAGAGCCCCCUGAUGGAGGAUAAAUACCGCAAAGCCAGCGAGGAUCUGGAUAUCCUCUUCAAACGAUAUGGUUCUGCAGUGCCCGCUCCGAACUUCGCCAUGCCAGUGACGGUUCCGGUGACCAAUCAAAACACGUUACAGUUCAGCAACCCCGGGGGCUCCUUGGUGACCCAGUCGCUGGUGACCUCUUCAUUGACGGAUCCAAGACUCCUCUCGCCACAGCAGCCGGCCCUGCAGAGAAACACCGUGUCGCCGGGUUUGCCGCAGAGGCCAGCCAGCGCGGGGGCGAUGCUCGGGGGAGACUUGAACAACACCAACGGAGCCUCUCCAAGCCCAGUCGGAAACGGGUAUGUCAGUGCCAGAGCCUCGCCAGGUCUCCUCCCGGUCUCAAACGGCAACACCAUGGGCAAGAUCAUCCCAGCAAAGUCGCCGCCGCCGCCCUCCCACAGCACGCAGCUCGCCGCCAACAGCCGCAAGCCGGACUUACGUGUGAUCACCUCGCAGGGCGCAAAGGGUUUGAUGCACCAUUUGACGGAGGACCACUUGGAUCUGCAGAAUGCACAGAGGUUAGGAGUCUCCCAAGCAACUCAUUCUUUAACCACGCCUGUUGUGUCGGUGGCCACUCCAAGUUUGUUGACCCAGGGCCUGCCUUUCUCUGCCAUGCCCACAGCAUACAACACAGAUUAUCAGCUGACCAGUGCCGAGUUAUCCUCACUCCCGGCGUUCAGCUCACCCAGCGGGUUGUCGCUUGGCAACAUCUCUGCCUGGCAACAGCAACAUCAGCAGCAGCAACAGCAGCAGCAACAACAACAGCAGCAGCAACAACAGCAGCAGCAGCAGCAGCAGCAGCAGCAACAACACCUUGUUCCUGUAUCACUAAGCAACUUAAUACAAGGGGGUCACUUAUCUCACACCACCACGUUGACUGUCAACACCAACCCCAACAUCAGCAUCAAGUCGGAGCCCGUCUCGCCGAACCGGGAACGAAACACUGCCACGCCGCUCAGCUCCUUCCCACACCAGAGCCGGCACGAGCCGACGGGGCGUUCUCCCGUCGACAGCCUCAGCAGCAACGCCAGCUCCUAUGAAGGCAACGAGCGGGAUGACCCCGCCAGAGCCGAUUUCGGCUCAUCCCUCGGCCUCCUGAGACCCACGACCGAGGCCGAGGGAGAGAGCCCAUCCGUAAAACGCGUGCGGCUGGACGCCUGGCAUCUACAAGCUCAGUGGCUUUGAGAUCCGCCAAACAGGCCAAGAAAUACUUCAAAGUGGAGGAGGAAAAAGUCAUGGUAGGACUUGCAGGUGUGGUCGGCUUCUUGUAGCCCAUCAUUUAUUCCAGAAGUUUCUAGACUUUUAGAAUACUUCCAACUCAGCGCGAGAUGGAAGACUGAGAAGCAGAAACCUGUUGAGAUGACAGCAGCUAAAGAAUAAGAAUAAUAAAGCACUAAAAUGCGAGAUGGUUUCAAAACAGAACAUUUUUGUUUGCUUUUCGAUAUUUUCCUCAACAUUUUGGAAUUUUUUCACCUUUUUGUUGUUGUUGUUGUUCCAUUUUUGAAAAUUCUCAAUAGGAAAAAUGGACAUUUUCAGUUUUGAAAUGAACGUUUUUGGUUUAGGAAAUUUUCAGUUUUGGAAAAGCCCUUCCAUGCGACUAUGCUGACCGACCAAAAUUAGCAAUAAGGGAAUAGGGGGAAAAAGCCCUCCAAACCCCCGAAACGAACAGUUACAUGAAAAUGCAAUGCAAUAAAUGCAGGUUUUCUUAUGGGGAAAAGGGAAAAUGUAAACAAAAUCUAAUUUUGAGAGGUGACAUUUUUCUUUUUAAAAAAAACCAACAAUUUUUUUUGUUUAAAUCGUUUUUCAUUUAAUUUUUUUUUUUUGGCCUAGUUCUCCCAGAUCUAAAGCCUCUCUAAAUAUAAGUGUGCCGUUAAAACACAGCUCUCCUUGGCAGAUUUCAGUUAAUUCCCCGAGCGGUCAUGAGUUCUCAUCACAAAAACCACCAUUGCCACUGGCGCAAACUAGACCCCUUUGCUUGCAGCCUCAGUAGAAAGGUCCCGGAUUGAACGUGCCCCUCGGG